CUUCUCCCGCUUGAUGCCUUUUAAGAAGAUGCUUGAUCAUUAUAUCGCAGUGACAAUGCACAUGUGACUUUAUCUUCCAUGCAUGCACUGUGUGUGCGUGUGUUUAAGCUUCUGAGUUAUGACUGCAGGAAAAGGUGUGUCACAGUGCGAGGAAGUGUGUCUGGACCGCGCUAAGGCCUGCCUUUAUUUGGCCUGACGUACUGCUUCCCUCGAGUUCAGCACCGUGUAUUGCAGCGUAAAUAAUCCGGCGGCCGGUAAAAGCGGGGUCGUAUUUGGGUCACGGCUGUUUCAGAGCCGUAUCGAUUUGUUUUAAAUUCUGCUGUACGAGCCUUGUUCAGUAUUUUAUUAGCGGGAUUAUCUGCCGUAGAAAGAGGACAAAAAUCUAAGGAUAUUUAGAUAUAAUUUAUACGGGGAGUGUAUUACAUAAAUUAAAGGAGCCGAGUUGUUUUGUUCUGCUGCGCUCAUAGUCAUCUAGCCUCUGUAUAACGUGUAUUAUUGUAUUAUACGAAUAUUGUUUGUUGGAUCAUUGAUUGUAACAACAGACGGACGAUUUUAGCAGGUUGUUGCAUAAGAGCGGACUUGAACAGUAAGCAGUGCCCAGCAUCUAUGAGGUCAUCAUGUUCUGCUAUACCAUUAAUAGGCUUAUAGGCGGAUACGGCACAAGCGCUUCCUAUACAGAAGGAAAAAAUGAGCAGAUCCAGUCUGUAAACAUUAUAUAGCGGCAGUAUCCAGUCGAGCUCCCUGUCCCUCAUUCUUCGUCUUCUCACUGGGGGGAGAAUUAUCCCCGGGGUACGGCGGCGGUGUGAUUCGAGAGAGGCAGCUGGGAGCGGAUGCAGAGUGGCGGCGGGGCGGGAGGGCCUUCGUUGAGGGGGAUGUGUUUUUUUCCUCCGGCGUGGAAGCGCUAAUCUGAUGAGAGUGCGGAGUGAGGCGGGCGAUUCCAGGACAGCUGGGGGAACACAGAGGCACAGCGGAGCGGAGUCGCAAACGGAGAGCUGAAUCUGUGUCACCGCCGUGACCGCGCGUCGUCACCUCCGCGCCCGCGCUCCUUCGGCGCUCCCCUUCGGCGCCCCACGAGACAGUGGAACGGAUCGAGGACCCCGGAGCGUGCAGGGCGCCCCACAAGACAGUGCGACCGUUAUUAGCGCGCGCCUAUGGUGACGGUGACUGAUCUGUCAAGCUGUUAAUUCCGGGUGUCGGACAUCUCUUUUUUAUUCCGAAACCCAUUUUGGAUCCAGGAGUAUAGCCGCCUGUUCUGCCAACAAUGAGUAGUAUAAGCGAAAUGGUGGAGGCUGUGGAGCUGAGCGACCAGGACCUCGAAAUGAACAAGCUGCGGCAGAGCUUGCGGAGAAAGAAGCCGACCUACGUGCCGGAGGCCAGCCGACCACACCAGUGGCAGGCCGACGAGGAAGCCGUGCGCAAGGGAAAAUGCAAUUUCCCAGUGCGGUACCUGGGCCUGGUGGAGGUGGAAGAGUCCAGGGGCAUGCAUGUGUGUGAAGAAGCCGUGAAGAAGCUGAAAGUGAGCGGGAAGAAGUCGGUCAAAGCUGUGUUGUGGGUGUCUGCAGAUGGUCUGAGAGUCGUAGAUGACAAAACCAAGGACCUCAUUGUGGACCAGACCAUCGAGAAGGUGUCCUUCUGCGCGCCGGACCGAAACUACGACAAGGCCUUCUCCUACAUCUGCCGGGAUGGAACCACACGGCGCUGGAUCUGCCACUGCUUCAUGGCGCUGAAGGACUCGGGGGAGCGCCUGAGUCACGCUGUGGGCUGCGCCUUCGCCGCCUGCCUGGAGCGCAAGCAGCGGAGGGAGAAGGAGUGUGGGGUCACGGCCUCCUUUGAUGCCAGCCGCACCUCCUUCGUUCGGGAGGGAUCCUUCCGCGUCACACCAUCCAAUCAGCAGGUCGACCGGGACGUACAGGACAAGAAGAAAGCAGAGCCAUCUUGUCACCCUGGCGUGCCUGCCAUCCCCCCGGGCACAGCGUCGCCCCCGGAGGGUGCAGCAUCACCAGUCGAUCGCACCGAGCCGUGUGGCCCCCACGCCAUCCCCCGCCGCCACGCCCCCAUUGAGCAGCUGGUGCGUCAGGGUUCCUUCCGGGGCUUUCCGGCCCUCAGCCAGAAGAACUCUCCCUUCAAGCGCCAGCUCUCCCUCCGCCUGAACGACCUGCCCUCCACCCUACAGCGCAAGACCGACUUCCAAUCCAAGAACCCAGUGCCGGAGAUGGACCCAUCACUGGGGGCCGAGGCAGACAGCAUCAACGCCCUGUGCAGCCAGAUCAACACCUCGUUCGCCAAGCCCUCCGACGAGCUCUUCGCCGCUAACGGCGCCCCGGCGUGCACAGCGCCCCCUGCCAUCCCGCCACCUCCCCUGCCCCUGCAGGCUGGGAGCUCGUGGGUGCAGCCAGAGCAGGUGCUGCAGUCUCCGCCUGCUGUUGCCAGCGGCCACAAGCGGACGCCGUCUGAGGCAGAGCGCUGGCUGGAGGAGGUGGCGAAGGCCGUGAAGGCCCAACCGCAGCAGCAGCCACCGGUCCCACCCCAGCCGGCUCCACCCAUGUCAGCCAUGCCCGGCCCCCCCGGCUCGCUGCCCACUUCCAUGCAGCCAUUCCCCAUGGCGUUCGACGCCACCCCAGCGCCUGUCACCAUGUUCGCCCAGCCUCCCCUGCAACCCACCUUCAUGCCCAUGCAGGCCUACAUGCCUGCCCUGGCCAACAGCAUGACGUACCCCAACGCCAGCGUGCCCGUGGUCGGCAUCACGCCUUCACAGAUGGUGGCCAACGUCUUCUGCACAGCCACCAGCUCAGGGUCCUCUGGAUCUGCAGGUAGCAGCGGAGGAGCCAAAUCUGGCCCCAUGGCCUCCGGGCACCAUGCCUUCCCGGUCCCCACUGGCAGCUUCCCCAUGCCACCUUUCGCCAACCCGGCCGCCAUCAACGGCAUCUUGCCCAACCCAGUCCCAGCCACCGCUGCCUCCACAGCCUCUGUCAACCAGAACGGCACCGGCCACGGCCCCGCAUGGCCCUCCGAGGCAGCCCAGCAACCCGCCCCCAGCACCGACUCUCAGGAAGCUGAGCGCUUCGAGGCCCAGUGGGCGGCUCUAGAGUCCAAGACGCAGCCCAAGGCUCCGAAUCCCUUCUCCAACGACUUGCAAAAGACAUUUGAGAUCGAGCUUUAACUGCCCCCCCCCCGCUUGCUCCUGUCUGCAUAAACUGUGACGCAGACCUAGACAAAACUGACCCCCCCCUCCUUUGUCUUCGUUGUUUUCCUUCUUUUCACAUCAAGAAGGGGGUGCCCUGUCCCCCCCCAUCCCCUGACCAGCUUUGUAGACGCUGCCACACAGACUCCUGGUUCUUGGACUUGGACGGCAGCUUUGGGGGGGUGUCCUUUCCACACCCUUCAUUGGGGGCUUUAGUCUCUGUUGCCCCAGAGUCUGCAGUGGACAUUGGGAAAACUGGACAAAGACAGCUGAGAUACAACUGGAGAAGGAAGACAGAGCCGAUGGCUGUUUUAUGUGAGGUAUCGGUUGACUAGCAAAUGACAUCAUCCAAAGCAGGGGCAUUUAUAGAGAGGACUGAUGUGUCAUUUUUGACCAACAAAACGAGGAAGUAUUUGAUGGCCAAAACAUUUUAAGUUAUUAUUAUUUUUGUUAUCAGUUACCUUAUAAAUCUCAUUUUAAUCACCAAAAUAUUUUAACUUAUUUUUUUCCCUGUGUGAAUAAUAAUAUUGUUCAUAUGUUUUUAAAGCUGGAGGGAACUCACCAAAUGAAAAAAUGCAUAAUUACUGCCUCAUUUGACAUCUUGAGUGUGACCUCAUGUGAGAGUGUAAAUAGCUUUUUAUUACCAACCUAUUUAUUGCCCUGUGUGUGACAGUCAAUUGCUAUUCAACCUGAAUGGCUUGCUUCUAUACCACUAGGGACAGACCCCCCCCC